GUGCGGACGCGAUGACGCCAUGACGCAGAUGGCGGUCGCGGUGGUGGCUGGGCCCCACGGUCAGUGACAGCCCGGAGCCCGGAGCGGGAGCGGCCCUGGCCCCGGCCCCGCGCCGCACACACACCGUCACCGUCAGAGCAACCCCGGCAAGCAGACAGCGACCCAGCCCGGGCCGGGCCGGCUCGGCCCCGCCAUGUCCAAGUCCCUCCGCCGGCGGCGGCACUGGCUGAGCCGGGCUCAGGAGGUGGCCGUGCCCGGGGACGCGCUGUCGCUGGGCGGCGGGGCCGAGUUCGGACAGUUCCCGGUCCUGGCGUCACCGCUCAGCGGCUCCGAGAUCGGGCCCAGCCCCGGGCCCGGGGACAUCCUGCUCGAGGUGAACGGGACCCCGGUGAGCGGCCUGACCCGCCGCGAUGUCCGCGCCGUCAUCAGGCACUUCCCCCAACCCGUCCGAGUGCGGACAGUGCGGCCAGGCAGAAUAAUAAACAAGGAGCUUCGCCACUACCUCAGCCUGCAGUUCCAGAAGGGAUCGGUGGACCACCAGCUACAACAGGUGAUCCGUGACAAUCUCUACCUGAGAACAAUCCCAUGCACUACAAGGCCACCCCGUGAAGGUGAAGUGCCAGGGGUUGAUUACAACUUCAUUUCUCUAGAGGAGUUUAAAACCCUCGAGGAGAGCGGAGCCCUUCUGGAAAGUGGAACCUUUGACGGUAAUUUCUACGGGACACCGAAGCCUCCUGCAGAGCCUGGCCCCUUUCAGCAGGAUGUGGUUGAUCAGGUUGUUCUGGACGAUGGGUCAGAGGAGGCACAGAGGAAACGAACAACAUCUGUGAGCAUGAUGCAGCGAGCCGACACCAUGGUCCCAGAUGAAGAGGAAGAUGAUGAAAGACCCACUGCCAAUGGGACCAAUUACCCAGGACCAGGGCCCAGCCACACCGAGGGCGUAACAGAGUUCAGGUACUUGGAUCCGGUUACCAGGGAAGACUUAGUCGAGCCAUUGCCAAACAAUUGGGAGAUGGCCUACACUGACAGUGGGAUGAUUUACUUCAUCGAUCAUAACACUAAGACAACUACUUGGCUGGAUCCCCGUCUUGCAAAGAAAGCAAAGCCCCCAGAGGAGUGUGGUGAAGGGGGCGCUGACCCCAUGCUGGGGCAAGGUUCCACGGGCACCGGUUGCCCUCCAGCACCUCGCCCAACUGGCCAGUCUACAUCUAUAAGCCUAUACGAGCUUCCAUAUGGCUGGGAAAAGAUCAGCGAUCCAGUUUAUGGUUUCUACUACAUUGACCACAUAAACCAGAGGACACAGUUCGAGAAUCCUGUUGUUGAAGCAAAGCGGAAGAAGCAGUUAGUUCUUCAGCGGGACAGUCAGCGAGGAGUGCAUGGGGACCAGCGGCCAGAGAGGCCAAUGUUUACUCGGGACCCCUCCCAUCUUCAAGGGAUGCUCAUUAGGACCACUCUGCAGAAGAGCACCAUGGGAUUUGGUUUCACAAUAAUUGGAGGGGACAGCCCAGAUGAGUUUCUGCAGGUGAAGAAUGUGAUUCCGGAUGGCCCUGCAGCUCAGGAUGGCAACAUGCUGGCAGGUGAUGUAAUAGUAUAUGUGAACAGCACCUGCGUCCUUGGGCAGACUCAUGCUGAUGUAGUGCAGCUUUUCCAGUCCGUUCCCAUCAACCAGACAGUGAAGCUGAUCCUGUGCCGUGGUUACCCCCUUCCCACGGAGCCCCAGGUGCCAGCUGUCGAUGUUGUGACUGCCACUCCCAUUCUGGAUGGAUUGCCUGUAGUGGGGAAGCAAGCCUCGACUGGACAGAGCCUGCAGACAACUCCAGGGCCUGCUGAGCAGAAUGGGAAUGAGGUUUCUGCUGGUGGCGUCGAGCGUUUAAAUGGACCGUACUUGGGCCUGACUGAAGACCGCUCUUCAAUGACUUCGUCAGCUGGUUCGCAGCCAGAGGUGCUGACUGUCCCUCUGCUGAAGGGGCCAAAGGGCUUUGGCUUUGCUAUAGCAGACUGUCCAGCUGGACAGAAGGUGAAGAUGAUCCUGGACAGUCAAUGGUGCAAAGGACUACAGAAAGGUGACGUUAUCAAGGAGAUCAACCACCAGAGCAUGCAACAGCUGAGCCACGCCCAGGUGGUGGAGAUACUGAAGGAUUGUCCUGUGGGGAGUGAAAUAUCGUUACUGGUACAGAGAGGAGGUCCUCCUUCACCUGCUAAAACUAUAAAAACCACUUUAGAGCAAGAGGACAACCAACCAGGCUCUCAGAAUCUCUCCCCAAGUGUUCCCAUCCCUCAGCCAAUGCCGUUCCCACCCAAUGCUGUAAGGCCUUCCUCGCCCAAGCGUGACCCAACUGAAGUGUAUGUGCAGUCCAAGACCAUGUUUGACAGCAAACCCCCAAACACAAAGGACAUUGACAUCUUCCUGCGUAAGCUGGAGAGUGGGUUCGGAUUCCGAGUGCUGGGUGGAGAUGGGCCAGAUACACCUGUUUUGAUUGGAGCAAUAAUCCCACUGGGGGCAGCAGAACGUGAUGGCCGCCUGCGUGUAGCUGAUGAGCUGCUUUGUGUCGACGGUGUCUCUGUUAAGGGGCGAUCUCAUCGCUUUGUGUUGGAUUUGAUGCAAAAUGCAACUCGAAAUGGUCAGGUGUUGCUGUCAGUGAGGAGGAAGGUGCUGCCCUCUGAGGACCUUCGUGACUCCAGUCGGGAUGAGAAUGCAGAAGCUGCAGAGAAUGGCCCAUCUGGGAUAAAUCACACUGAGCUUGUGAACAAGCCCCUACAGGGUCACACCCCAGCAGAGUCCCCACAAUCAUAUGACAUUGUCCUACAGCGGAAGGAGACGGAGGGUUUUGGAUUUGUCAUCAUCACCUCGAAGAACAGACACCCCACUGUGGCAGUGCCACAUAAAAUUGGCCGCAUUAUUGAGGGGAGUCCGGCUGAUCGCUGUGGGAAGCUGAAGGUGACUGACAGAAUCUCAGCAGUGAACGGCCAGUCCAUCGUCCAGAUGCCCCACCAUGACAUUGUGCAGCUGAUCAAGGACGCGGGUCAGACGGUCACGCUCACCGUCACUCCUGAAGAAGAUGUGACUGGCCCCCCCUCAGGAGACAGCUCGGCGCGACAGAGCCCAGCCCUACAGCACAAAUCCAUGGCACGGACCCCAGCAGUAUCCAGUCCAACGGCUGACAACAGUAAGACGGAUGGAGAUGAAAAGAGCAGUGGACAGACUGCAGGAUGUGACUAUGUGAAGCCUCCAGCUUUGGACUACAGACAGACUCCAUCUGAGCAAUACCAUCAGCCAACAGCUGACAGAGAGACGCGGGCUGCAGGCAGCAGGCUCUCCCAGAACUCUGAUUGCUUCUCUGUGGAACUGGAGAGGGGUCCCCGAGGGUUUGGCUUCAGUGUUCGUGGAGGCAAGGAAUACAGCAUGGGCCUCUUUAUACUCCGCCUGGCAGAAGGUGGUGCUGCAUUACUCGAUGGCAGGAUCCAUGUCGGUGACCAGAUUGUUGAAAUUAAUGGCGAAUCUACUCAAGGGAUCACACACAAACGAGCCAUCGAGUUGAUUCAGUCUGGAGGGAGGAGAGUGCACCUCGUGCUGAAGCCAGGCAUAGGUCAGGUGCCUGACUUUGACAAUUGGGAUACCCAGAGCACCCCAUAUACCAGCCUCCAGGAACUAAACACAGCUGCUGAAAACCAGCCAUUGCCAUCCAAUCCACAUCCCAGUCCCAACCCUCAUCUCACUGACCCUGCAGAGACUUUUAAACAUGAGAAGAUAUGGAGAGAUCAUGACUCGCCCACCAGUGCCCAGUGGGCACCCAGACCCCUGGCUGCCGACCCGCACUGGACACCGGCUAGAACUGCGAACCUCACAGGUGGUCAGAAUGCUGAGGAAGGAGACGAGUCGGAAAUUGUGAAGGACGGGGCAACAAAACCAGAUGGAGAGAGUGGGCACAGUCCGAGGCAAGAGCGACUGGCCAGGAAUGACGAGGUGUUGGCCACUGGCAUCGAAAGCAGGGCCCUGAGCCCUCACAAACAUGGCAAGAAGCAAGCUGCUGGGUACCGGGAGCAGUCAGCUAGCCCCAAAAAAAACAAGCAGCAAAGGAGACAGACACCAGAUGCAUCAGGAAGCCCAAGGAGGGGAAAGUUUAAAGAACAGUCGGAAAGCAACCAGGGCAGCUUCCGGGAAGUCGAAGCAAAGGAAAGGCCAGUAGGCGGUAUGACUAGGUCACGGAGUCCAAGAAAGGCCAGCAGGAAGGAUAGAGAAGGAAGUAGAGAGGAAUUGGACAGUGUGACUCUGGGAGAGAGAGCUGAGAGCAGAGAUGAUGGGUCCAGCCUAGUUAAAGUGGCUCAUUCUAAACAGGUGACUGACCAAUCUGAGAGCCCAAACCACAGACACUGCAACAGGAGAUAUGCUCACCCACCCUCUAGCACUGUGGAGCAUUUGGCUAGUGCCUCACUCCAGUGCACUGAGGGGUCCGGAAAUACCAGUGACAGGCCUCAAAGAAAGAGACCCACCUCACAUGUUGGGGGGCAGGAAACAUUGCAACCUCCUGACCUUGGUCAGGGAGCAGGCAGAACCAUGCAGGACAGCUCCCACUCUACAGCGAUCGAACAACCUAGCGCCUUCAGCAAGAGUGAUGAUCAGUCAAAGAGCCUGGAACAAAGGAAUGCAGAGCAUGAUAUGGAGAGGCAUGGUGAGGAAGUCCCCUCCAUACAACACUCCAGCCCUGUGCCCAGAACUGGACCUGCUCCAAGAAAAACACAAAUAACCCCUGGACCCUGGAAGAAACCAGAUGCUCAGAGACCCAUGUAACCAAAAGCAAACUUCGUUAUAUAUGUUAAAUUAUUUUUAUAAACUUUUGAUUUCUGUUAAGUGUCAAUUGCAUCUUAUUUAAAUUUGAGUAGUGCAGUCAGUUUUUUGCAUUGAAACAUUUUAGUUGAAGUGAAGGAUUUUUCAAUUUGCUCCAUUGUUUGGACAAACUUGUCUGCCUCAUAAUGGCAAUACAGGCUGUGAGACACUCCUGUUUUUAUGAACAGAUGUUGAUUGUGUGCAGUUUACACUUUGUACAACAGUGACCCAUUCCUCAUACUCUGGCACAUUGUCUUUCCAAUCACAGCGGUGGUUUCAUAGUCCAUACUCCCCGUCAGUGCCAGCUUGAACAUCUCAACCAUAGAGCCAGUGAGUCUUAUGGCGUGUGAGCUAUCAGAAAUUUACUGUCACCAAAUCUCUGCCUUUGAAAUGAGUUAUCACUAACUGGAUGUGACGCUGUUGACUAGCGAGUGUUACACUAUUUCUGUACAGGUUUGCAAUCAACACAGGUUAAUGAACUGAACACCUUGGACACCACCCCCAUGGCCACUAUUUUUUGUGUUACAUGGGCCUUUAGCUUUUAUUGUCUGUGAAUGCCUUUGUGUUCAAAAGCCUGUCUCACAUGCUGUGUCUGCUCUCAAACAGCUCACUGUCACACUGUGCAUGCAUUGCUCUUUGAUGUUUUCUAAUACUGUACACAAGAAAUUUCUUGCAGUUAAUCUGGUGCAGUAUUCUGACCACCAGAGAUUUAGGACUCCUGUCUCCUCUUUGAGUUCUGUAAUGUUAUCGGGUUCUUCAAGUCCAGAUUAUAAACUGCUAUUCAUUGGGUUCUGUAACUUGUUUUGUGUAUGUUUCAUUAGACUACCAAUCAGUGUAAAAUAUUUUGUUUUUCAGUGAUUUUGAUGCAGUUUAUAAACAUCUUCAGUAUUUUGAACAAAUUCAGUUUUUUAAAAAUUAUUUUUAUUCAUAUUUUGCAUUUCCUGUGCCAUUGUGUGUUGGCGUCUCAUCAUGUUCCUGUUUUGUUUGAUUUAUGUCUUUUCUGUUCUCCACUGAAAUCAGUGUUGUGGGAAACUCUCGACCUUAACUCAUUGUCAAUAGCAGCAAUGGAAUAUUCUGGAAAUGAGCAAGUCAGGUGAUAGAAUGGAUUUCUUGUUUGUCACUUCCCUGUCUCUCUGAAUACUUUGUGAAGCCUCUUGAAUUUGCCUCAUUUCCCAGCUUUCGUUCUGCAAGGUGCUCUCUCCAACCUCGAAUCAUGUUGCCAUUUUUUAUACCUUUACCAAGUCACUUAGACUGUCAUCCAGGAAUGUGCAUUGGCCAAAACUGUAUUCCAUUACCCUGUGAACUGUCAACCCGCCAACCCUUUUUCUAAGAGUGUGUAGGAGAUGGAACGGAGACCCUGGACUGUGUGUGGUGAAGGUGGAGUCUUGUGACUAUUUUACUGCUGUAUUUCAUAUUCUGUUCAUGCCAAGAGUUGAACAUUGGAGUCCACGCGAAGGUGGUUUGAAAUUCCUCACAAUUCAUACACUGCUCAGCUCCAGUUUCCACCCCCACACUGUUGAUGUCUCAUUUUAUUUCUUUGUUGGUGCAGUAGACUAACACACAUUGCUCCCUCCCCAACAUCAGUAAUGUUCACAACAUCUUGUAGACUGUACAGUACUCAUGGCAUGGAUGCAGUCUUUGAGUAAAGCUGAACAAGCCUUGAGUGUGUUGGUUGUAAAUUUUUAUACUGUACAGUCUCUAUAAAUACUGUCAUUAGGGCGAGAUCUGUAAACCCUCAUAUUUUUUUAAUGUAUGACAUGAGAAAUGCAAAUCCUUUGUCAUGGUGUUGCACUGUAAAAUAAACCUUAACUUUCAAUCUCA